AUGGCACCGCCACGAGGAUUCAUCGACCUCGCCACGGCAUACAGGACCAAGGAAAACACCUUGGUGAACAUCAUUGGCGUGACAGUCGACCUUAUGCCGCCGAAGGUAGCAUCCUCUGGACAAUGGAUGUUCACUUUCAAACUGCUUGAUCCAAGCCUCCGUGAUUCCCUGCAUGGCUCAUCAGGUCUCACAAUCCGAUACUUCAAGCAAGAUCAAAGUCACCUACCGCAAGUGCAAGAACAUGGUGAUAUAGUCUUACUUCGAAACAUCAAAAUGGUCCAACAGAAUGGUCAACCUCUUGCCCUCUCGCACUUCCAGACAGGUGCACAGAUCUUCUCGGCUGCGUCUAUACCCAAUGCCAACUACAGCAUAGCCUUUCAAGGUACGAAACGACUGGAGUCGCGCGGUACACCCGACGUAGUCAGACUACUCACUCUGGAGGAGCAAGCUUAUGUCAUGACUCUGAAGGGUGAGAUUAAUGUAACACAACUACUGUUGUCACGACCACAACAAAUUCCAUUUGAGAGGAAGCGAGAUGCUGCUCCUGUCACGAAUGCGAUGCCUCCAGCCAAGAGACCACGGCAAGAUGCAAAUGAUUCCCCUUCAGGACUCGGCAAGAAAUUUCGCUUGAUCAAAGACACCCGUCAUUUGACAUUUGCUGAUCUGGUCGUGCAAGUGGUCAAGAAGUACAAUGCAAGCUUUGGUGCAUGCGAGCUGUACGUGACCGAUUACACGGAGAAUCAAGACAUGUUCAAGUAUAAAGCACCAGAGGAGGAGACUUCCGAACCUCAAGAAGGCGACACCUUUGGCUACAACAGUGCCCAAAGGAAGUCCUGGCCCGGACCAUAUGGCUGGUACGUGCUCAAGAUAAAUGCCAAGGAUCCGCAUGCAACUUUUGCAAAUACGAGAGUGAAGGAAGGCGACUUCGUUUUGCUGAGAAAUGUCAAAAUCAAAGCCAUGGCAGAAGGCAGCAAGCUGGAAGGCGACAUGUGGCGCGAUGAUAUGGAUCCUGACAAGGUCAAGAUUACUCUCCUACCCAGACGCGACAUCCCGGAGAUAGUGGCAUUGCAAAAGCGCAAGGAGGCUUACUGGGCGAAGCGUCAGACGCUGCAGCCGAAAUCUCAAGGCGAGCCUUUCAAGCUUACAAAGGCCGAAAAGAAGCAACAGAAGAAGAUGAAGAAGCAGGAGGAAAGAGCAAAAGCAGCUGCCGCGGAGGCGAAGGUAGCGGAGCGCAAUCAGCAUGUCCGCUGCAGUAAUGAGGAGGCAGCUCUGAUGAGUGUGAAAGAUAUCCUCGACCCCGACAACGCUCGACAUACCAAUAACGUAGGUGACGGCACAAGCUAUGUCUUGCCGUUCGUCAAUGCACAAUAUCGCACCAAAGUGCAUGUCGUUGGAUACGAACCAAAAGCACUGGCAGACUUUGCCGUACCACCACUGCCGGACGAGGACGCCGAAUCGUCGCCGAUCGAUGCUUUGGAUUGGGAGGCCUCGCAAAAGUACGAAUGGCACUUCUCACUUCUCCUAGAAGAUGUCUCGUCGACACAGCCAGGGACCGAGAAGCCGAAAAUAUGGGCACAUGUCCGUCACGAGGAUGCACAGUUCUUGUUCGGUAACGACAUGAAUGAUCCACAAGAUCUACGAAGUAACCCGCAGCUGUUGUCCAAGCUGCGAGAGAAACUUUGUAUCUUAUGGGGCAAUCUUGAGGAGAAAGGAGUCAGACAUCCAAAGCUCGCAAUGUCUUGCAAGCGACCCUCGUCCGAAAUUGAAGAUACCGUGACUCGGCCACGCCGUCUGUCAAGCAAGCGCACCAAACUCACACCAUCCGAAGAGGCGAAGAGCGACAGUAGCGAGCCAUCAUCUUGCUCGGUCUCGGUCGCAUCUGCAUUAGAAAGUAGUCCCGGAGCUACAAAGCAGCGAGAGCAUUACAGCAGCGUGAGCUCGGUCUCAGCAAAUUCAGACGACGACUCCGAAAGCAGCUUGUCCAGUUCUAGCGAGGAGCCAUCUGACAACGAGGAUGAGGACGACACAGAGAGGAUCGUGACUGUAGGCGGCCCAAAGAAACCUGUCUUCAAGCCUGCUAGAGAGCUGGUAACAGGUGCUGGGGACUUACAAGCCAGGAUCUCGGCUUUGCUGCCGCGGUUACGAGAUGCGAAUGCUUUGCUUGAAGAGGAUGGAGGAAAGUCGUUUAGUAUGGAGGAGGUGGUUGAGGAUGAGCAGCAUAUCGAGAUGGACCUUGGUCUUGGAGUAUUAGAGGAGCAGAAUGGGAGCGAAAGUGAUGACUCGAGUGACGAGGAAGAUGAUGGCCUGGUGAAGCAGGAGCAGCCAAUCUUCUCAGAUGCUGCCAAUUCCGCCCAUGAGCCAAAAGAGGGUCAUGCGAUGGAGAGGCUCAUGGGUCGCAGUAAGGGCGAGCACAGGGAGGUGGGCAUUCAGGAAGUGGAGUUGUGA